UUUUUUUUCAUUCUGUUGUAUUUUUGUACUGGCAUAUCUCCCUUUCAGCAGAAAAAAAGACUACUAACAUUUAGAAAAUGUUACAAGACUAAUCGUAACCUUCCAUUACUUGAAAUAUUGGCUUUUAAUACAUAAAGGACUAAGAAUUAUCAAGAGAAUUAAAUUCACAAUCCUCAAAAAUGAUGAGACAGUCUAUGGAUAUGGAGGUUAAGGACAUGCCGGGAAAGAUUCGUAUCCCUAAAAGGUUCAUCUUCUCAGAAGCAAUGGCUGUUGAGCAUCCAGAUUACCCACAGUAUUGUAACCUCUUGCGGAAAAUGAACAUGCCUUUUGUGAAAGGAUUUGAAGACAGACAUAACUAUGGCAGAUUUGAAAAGAAAGGCAACCCUGCAUUUGUAAAAUUUCACUCUUAUCCUCCUUCAGUCCUGCCAGACUAUCAUUCUCACUACCCGUAUCCUCCACCAUACGGGCAGGAGUAUCCGCUGUUUCCACUUCGUGAUGAUGUGACCUUGGCUGAUCCCUGCUCAGGAUUGAUGAGUCCUGGUGGAGAUGCUGACUUAAAGCCUGGCAUUGGCAGAGCCAUACCAAACCUGGUGAGUUUCCAUGACGUGAAACCUCAAAAUCGAGUUCCUAGGCCAGACAACGGAUUUCAAACAACAAUCAAAAGGCAAACAAUACUAUCACAAGAACUGCAACAGGACAGGAGAUGGAAUUCCAGGGAAGUAUCAGACAUUUCCAUCAGGGCGAAACUUGGAGGUUGGACCAGCCCACUGAAAGUUACUGCUUUACCAGUUCACGAACAUGAAAGCGACUUAUUAAGUCGCAUAUAUAAAUUUGAUGAGGAUGCAACAAGUACAGAUGAGAGUGAACCCCUUGUCAAGCACGGCAAGAAAUAUAAUAUAAAAGAUGCAUUUUACAAAUCCUCAACACAGAAAGCUUAUGAACAUGUUCCUUGGGACAAGAUGCUCCCACCAAAACCUGAUCCAGAAGAAACAACAGUGGAAAGAGCUGCAGACCAAAUCUCACAGUGUUUUACACUGAAAAGAUAUGAGAGACUGCCAGCCAUAACCCAGAUGAUCGGAGGACUCUGGGACAGAUUUCAGACAAGAUUGUUCUCAGCGCCAACCAAACCAAUCAAUUUUGUGAGUCCAAGUUGUAGGAGUAAAUACAUUCCUCUCUAUACUGGCCACGUGCAGAGUACAAAUGCCGAUGAUGUGGACAACCCGUUUGGAGACCUCUCAUCUGUGGCCAAGCCUCGGCACUCGAAACUGCUCUACACAAACACAAGCCGGACUGCAAAUAUUCCAGGAUACACUGGCAAGGUUCAUUUCACAGCCACCCAUCCAGCAAAUUCUAAUAUUCCACCAACAAGCCCAUCAGCAGAUUCAGAGAUGAACCGCAUCUUACUACAAGAAAUGAGAGUUGACCGCUUCCGUCACCAGGGCCCACUGUCCCAAAUGGUCACAACUGUGAAGCCCUACAACCCCUUCAACAGGAAGCAAAAAGUAACCUUGGAGUACUGAAGACCACACCCCUGAGAGACUUCUCAGGCCCGGCUGGGGGAAGUCUUUAUGCACAGUGAUGGAGAAAGAAAAGAGCACAAUGUUCUAAAUGUGUCUGUUUGUGUG